AUGGAACGAGUAAAAUACUGGGAAGAGAGCCGAAUGGAGGGCCCACGGGAGCAAGUGCCCGACGUGACGGCCGAUAUCGAACUCUCCAUGAAUAAAUUUUUCCUCAACAAUUUGGAAGAGAACGAAAACAUAAUCAAGACUGAAAAAAUCACGGUGCCCCCUUUGAACCCCUUGAUACUUUACUCAAUUGCAUUACACCAACAAGCAAACAACAUUUCCGAAAUGAUUAAACAAAACGAGAGUGCAAAAAGUACCGAAAAAGUCGAUUUCCAUACACCUGAGUUUGCCAACAGUGAGAAUCUCACAAUCAAGCAUAAUUUGAAUUUUUCCAAAAACGAUUUUGUGAACUUUGGUAGAGAUCAGGACGUUGAAGUCAACGAAUUGAGCAAAACUAUAGUCCGUAAAGUUUUAACUAAGGCCAUUGCCACGCUUUUUGCCCACAUUGGAUACGAAACCUGCCAGCAAAGCGCACUUGAUGUUCUGACUGAUGUUUUGCACGAGUUUUACCGCAAAAUAACAAGUCACGUAAAAAUUGCGCUAGAAGAUCAAGAAAAAAAUCGUUCAGGGUUUCCGCACGUUAUGGAGCGCGUUUUAACUGAGAUGGGCAUGGGUGGGAUUAAGGGAUUAAAUGAUUAUUACCAAUCAAGGGUAAUAAAAUAUGUGUCAGUGCUUGAAAAUAGGUGCCAACAGUUGUGUGACGAUUAUAAUGCGUCGCUACUUCCAAGGCCACCUUCGCCUGUUGAUAAAAUUAACAAGGUCGUAAGAGUUAAAGUGGAGGAAGAAGAUGUUGUGGAAGUUGAAAAUCCGGAAGUGCAUUUUUCGACAAUGGACGGUGAUGUGAAUUUUUCGAUACUCGAGCCCGGUUACCAACUUUUGAAAAGUUUGGAUAACUUGGAAGCUGAGACAAAUUCACAGGGAAUGACCGAUAGUGUGGAAAAUAUCACUGUUAGCGAAUCACCGUCUUUCUCCCUACAGUAGGAAAAGAAUAUUUUUAAUUCCACUUUGUAAUUUUUUUAUUUGUAAUAAAGUUUGAAUUAUUUUUGAAAA